AAAAUGUCGGACUCGGAGGAAUACGAGUACGAAUAUGACAGUGACGAGCAGUUCGACAGCGACGACCAAGGCUCAGCUGUCGACGGUGAGGAAGGUGAGGCUGCGCAGCAACGGAGUGCGGCUCGUGAAGCGCAAAUCGCAUUGGAGAACACGUUCUAUGAGGCUGAAGACUUCCGUCAACGUGGAGACCUGGCGCAGGCGCUCGAAUACUUCCAGCGCGUUGUCGCAUUGGAGAAGGAGGCGACACCGCUUGAAGAGCGCAAGUGGAGCUUUCAAUCCUUAGAACACGUGGUCAAAAUCUGCGUGAGCCGACGCCAAUGGGAAGGAAUGCUACGUCACUACGAGCAGAUGCUGGAGCACUUGGCGUUCGUCACGAGGAACGAGAGCACAGAGUCGAUCUCGUCCAUUUUAGACGUGGUCUCCAGCGCCACAGGUAUGGAGAAGGAGAAGGAUAGUGCGAAAUACACGUCCAAGAUGUACGAACUGACCCUGGACAAGCUCAAGGACGUCAACAACGACCGACUCUGGUUCAGUAUGAACGUCAAGCUGGGCAAACUCUAUCUCGACAUGCAGGCGUUUGAUCAACUGCAGAGACUUCUUAAUCAGCUGUACGACUACUGCCAGACGCCGGAUGGUGUGCAGGAUCACUCGAAAGCCACGUCACUAUUGGAAGUCUACGCGUUGGAGAUCCAGCUAUGUGUCGCAACCAAGAACAGUGCCAAGAUGCGUGUCAUCUACCCGAAGACGCUUGAUCUGGACGCUGCAGUUGCUGACCCACGCAUCAUGGGAGUUAUUCGAGAAGAAGGUGGCAAAAUGUACUUGGAGGAAAAGGAGUGGAUGCUGGCGUACAACGAAUUCUUCGAGAGCUUCCGCAACUACCAGGAAGCCGGCAACGCUCGUGCAACUCAAUGUCUCAAGUACGUUGUGCUAGCCAACAUGCUGGCGAGCUCCGAUAUUAAUCCAUUCGACUCGAGAGAAGCCAAGGUGUAUCAAGACGUGGAGGAGAUCGGUGCCAUGUUGCUGCUCCGUGGCGCCUAUGAAGCCAACGACAUUGUGCAGUUCGAAAAGACUUUGAAGAAUCCAAAGUACAAGUUGCUAAGCGAUCCAAUCAUGAAGCGGUAUCUAAACCCGCUGCUGCGCAACAUUCGCUGUCAAGUGAUGAAGAAGCUCGUGCGUCCGUACCAAGCUAUUCGCCUUGAGAGCCUCUCGAAGAGCAUGAACAUUACGGCGGCGGAUGUGGAAGAUAUCGCCGUGGCAUUGAUCCAGAACCUCGAGCUGGACGCCAAGAUCGACCAAAGUCGCGGUCUUCUGGUGCUACAGACGCGGCAAAAAGCGCGUGACGCUAGCAAGAUGUACGACGCCUUGGACCGAUGGACUCGAGCGCUCGCGUCGACGCACGCAACGAUCACUGCACGUGUGACGGUGCAUCCGUAAGAUUGAGGACGCCAAUACAAGUUAAAAGGCUCGUUAAUGUCUCGCCGCUUUAUCCCAAUUCGAAAUACAGAAGCUCUAUCUAUUGCUCCAGUCA